AUGACAUCGAUAACUUUGAAAUGGUUUAUAUUUCUACUUCUUCAAUCAAUAUUCAACUUCGUCUCAUCUCAAAAACUAGCAGUAGUAGUGAUUGAUGGAUUAGCUGCGAACACAUUCUACAAGUUCUCUCAUCUAUCAGUAUUUCGAACAUUUGAAGAGGAAGGCAUUUGGUCAACCAAAGUAUUUCCAGUUUUCCCCACUUUUUCUGUUUCCAAUCGGCACUCUUUGUUAACUGGAACUCUUCCUCGUCGUCACGGACUGAUUGGAGACUUCAUCCAUAAUUGGCGAGAUAACUUGAAAUUCCAAAAUUUCACAGCUGAUUCCGACUUUUCCCGAGACUGGUGGUCCAUUGAUCCUAUUUACAUAUCAGCACUCCGUUCGUCUGCUUCAGUAGCCAUGUUCUUCUUUCCGGAAUGUGACGUCGAUUGGGAUGUAGCACCGCAAAUAUGUGUCCCACCCAGAACUGACGGGAAGACAUUUGCAGACGAAUCGCAGGCAAAACGUGUGAUUCAAGCUACAAAAGAGCACGAUCUGACUCUGAUCUACCAUCCCUGGAUAGGAGAAGAGAUUCGUAGGAAAGGAGUUCAUCAUACCAAUGAAAAACAUUCAAAAGAAGUUCUUCGAUUUGCUCAAAGUCUUGAAAGAUUGACUGCUCAAGCGAGGGAAAGAGCUGAUUUGAAUGUUAUUGUUGUAUCGACUCAUGGAUUUAUUGAUGUUCCAAGAAAGAAUAUCAGAGUGAUCGACGAAUACGUUCCAAUGGAAUUGAUAGAAACUACAGUAGGCAGUGGAGCCAUAAAACAGUUACAAGUGAAAAAAGGAAAAACUCAUCAAGUUUACAGUCAACUUCAUGAUCACCAUCCGAUUCCGAAUGUUCAUGUUUAUUAUACAACUCCAAAAACAGGAGACUUACCAGAACACUAUCAUUUCAAGAAGAGUGACAUUGUGGCGGAUCUGGUUUUAUUAGCAGAUCCUGGCUAUGCAGUGGUUACGAAAGACGAGAAAAAACAAUUUCCAAAGCCAAAACUUCAUGAAAUAACUGCAGCUAUCGAUGGAUACAAUAAUGAGUUACCUGAUGUUUUAGGAGUAUUUUUGGGUUAUGGACCAGCAUUUCGUGUUGGAUAUCGAAAAGGACCAAUUCAACUAUUCGAUAUCUACUCUCUUAUGUGUUCUCUUCUUUCGAUUGAAGAUUCCUGCAAUCAUACACCGGGUCGAAUACUUCGAAUUGACGAUGUCCUCACUUCUGAUGCUCGGGUCGCCAUUCGAAGUACCUCAUCAUUCUCUUCCUUACCUUCGUUUUAUGUAACUUUUGUUAUGCUGUUUUCUGUUAUUAUUCUGUUAUUUUAG